GGGACGGCCUCCUCCCUCCCUCUGUAGUAGGUGUCCACCUCAAAACCUUUCAACGUGACUCUGUUUAUUUCUGCGCGACUGACAGGACACACUGCGCACAACCUUGAGCUCUAAAAGGCGAAAAAGUUGGCAAAAGUUUUCAUUCUCAACUUGGACCGAACGCUGAUGGGAACAGAGAGAUGGACACUCCAUCAACAUCAACUGCAGCGGCGUCAGCCAACCCUGAGGUCUCUCGCCUCGGGGGCAUCGAGGCCUUGAAGCUGAAGGUGGGACCGGUGCGCAGGAACCUCUUUGGUCCGGUGGACCACCAGCAGCUGCAGGCCGACUUCCAACGGCUGCUGUGCAUGAGCGUGGAAGUGGCCAACAAGCGGUGGAACUACGACUUCAUCCACGACAGGCCGCAGCACGCCGAUGACAACAACAACAUCGAGUGGGUGGAGCUGCGCAGCGCAGAUGUGCCGAUGUUUUACCGCAGCUGUGCGACUAGAUCGCUGGUCCAAGUUGGUGUCGGGAUGUCCAAGGCCUCCAGGCAGACGCCGUCAUCCAGCGAGGACUCCCCUGCAUCCAGCAGCUCAUCGGGCUCUGGAGACGAGUACCUGGAGAUUUCCACCAAGGGGUGCUACCGACUACAGCGGCCAGCAAAACGCCGACAGGCUACAAUCACAGAUUUCUUCAAGGUGAAGAAGAGGAAGCUGCUUCAUUGCAAAGCAUCAUCGCGGCAGUAGAAGUGACAGCGUCAUCCUCUACGUCAGAACGACGGCUCGACUGCCUUCCUCUGGCCUCGUGCAAAUAUUACCCAUAUCUAAUGUACAUAUGUAGCAUUUUCUGACAGCCUGGAGCACCCGGCUUUAAAUCACACACCUUCACCUUCAGCACAAGGAAGCUACCAUUCUCUGAUCAUCCCGAUUUAUAACGGUUUUCAUUCUAAUUUUCUGUAUCGUUUUCUAAACUGUGAAUGAUGAAUGCACUCUUGCAGGAAACUUCCAGCUCGUGGUUUAAGAGACACAGGCCUGGAUUAGCAUUGUUAACGUUUCACCUUUUCUUGCUCCCUGAUGCUAAGUUUUCACUAUAAUCAGCUGACAUCAAGCUAAAGUGAGAUGCCAUCCAAGUGUCACUCAAAUUAGCUCGAGGUCAAGGGUCAACGGUGGAGGUAUUAGCAACGAUGCAACGAGCUCAAACUUGUAGCAAUUUUGUAAUAAUGUUUUCUAUGUGACUAUUUAUUUAUGAAUCCUGUUGCAGGCUCAACAAUUUGAACUCAGCUAAAAAGUGGUGAAAAAUACAGUUAUCUCCAAAACGAUGCCCCAGUUUUGACUCUUAAAGUCACUUCAGCUCACAAACACUCCACCGUUGCCAUUAUCUCUUCAACAAACAAAUGUUCCUGCUGCUUAUACUUUGAGCACAAUGGGUUUUAACAACAUAUCAUUUUUGCAGUUCAGUUGCAGCUUUCGCUUUUCAAUGUAGCAUUUUCCCUCACUAUCUGUUCGCCCUGUCUUUUUGGUUUUAAAUGUGCCUCAUGAAGGGAAGUGCUGCGUCUCGAGUUCCAUUUUUCAGAUGGAGCCUGGGACACAUUUACCGCUGUGCAUUUUUUGUUAAAAGUGUAAAUUUGCUUGUGUGACUGCGUGAGGGGGUUUCCUGUAAACAUUGUGGCAACUGAGGCAGUUUGGCCAAAGAUAAGCAUCAGUCAUACACAUCAAACUUGAGAUGUCAGCUUCGACAGGGAAGUCAUGACCUGUAACCUUUAGAUAAUUCAGGUUUGGUGGAUCUAAAGCCCCCUUUGGUACGUCCACUGACACAUUCACUUCCCAGUAAGAUAGUUUAUCUCCAGAUUUCAACUGUAUGCUGACACUCACUCAGUUUUUGGAAUGAAAGUGUUGAAAGUGAGUCACAAUUAGAUUCUCAUAUAGAUAAUACUCCAUCGUUGCAGUAUUUUCUAAAGGGGCUUUAGAUACGUUUAUGUGUUCCAGUUAUCAAUCACCUUAAUCUGUUAUGGAUCUCAAGCCAUAAUUUGGAUUAAUAAUUCUACCUCAUCGAGAAAUUAAAAGAAUAACAAGAGUAUAUAUAUAUAUAUAUAGUUUAUGAACUCAGGUUGAUUCCAUUGACAUACAGAGAGAAACUGUGAGACCAGCAGUUGAAAAUAUAGUGGCUAACAGUUUCACACCAGGUGACUGUGUCAGUGUGUCACAGGAACAGACCACACCAUUGAGUUGUUUAAGAACGACCUUUAGUGCCCCUUCUGCUAGCGCACUCUCUUUUUGGUGAUUCGACUGCCUCAGUCUCUGCAAAACCAUCAUGGACGCAGUAGUCUAUAAGCAUAUUUUUGUGGUCAUGUAAGGGUUUAUUAAAAAAACAAUUGCUUUAUUUCUGUGCGUGUGAGAGAGAGAACGAAAGACUGAGUGGGAGAGAGAGAGAGAAAGUGUGGCACCUAUAUCAAAGUCUAUUUAAGUUAUUAUAACUUGGGAAGUAAUUUUAAAAAUCCCGAUAUGUUUUACUGUCGUAUUACUAACGGUGUUAUUUCUGAAACUUUUUCAAAAUCUUUGCACUACUUCAAAAAACAUUUUUGACAACAUAACUACGUUUCCUCUAGAACUUUUGAGUAUGUAAUACACAGACAUUUUUGAUUACAAAAAAAGUGCGAUCUAAUUCGGUUCUUGUUUGUUUCUUGCCUUACUGCCUAUAAAAACACCUUCACCUGUCGCAGCUAUAUCAUUGUAGUGUUGUGUUGUGCUACUCUGUAUUUGCAUGAAUGUACAAUAAUCUUUAUAUUCCAUGUGUAUUACUUUCAUUGUAAUUUAAUACCUGUUUGUGAUUCUUUGUAAGAAGUAUAACUGCAUUGGAUCACAAUAAGAUACUUUUGAUAGUUUAUAAAGAUUCUCUUUCUUAUCAAAUGACGUGGUGUUGGCCUGCGUUUUAUAUACUGUGUUCAAAACAACAAUAAAAACUAUUCACGAUCA